AUGUCUUAUCAGAUUCUUUGCACUCAUGCGGCAUUUAAUUGGUUAGAAUUGCAGAGUGUUGUGAUUUUCAAACCAUGGAGCAGUCAUAUGACUGAUGGAUGGCGUAAUACUACCACCAUACGUGGCACAGGAUAUCCGUCAUUCUAA